CUCACCGAGCGUGCAGCAUGUCCACGAAAGCAGAACAGUUUGCCUCUAAGAUUCGAUACUUGCAAGAGUAUCACAACCGUGUGCUACACAAUAUUUACCCUGUGCCAUCUGGGACAGACAUUGCAAACACACUGAAAUACUUUUCUCAAACGCUGCUCAGCAUCCUGUCCCGUACAGGCAGGAAGGAGAGCCAGGAAGCUUCCAAUUUGGCCGUGCCCAUGACCAUGUGUCUUUUUCCUGUGCCAUUCCCACUCACCCCAUCUCUAAGACCACAAGUCAGUUCCAUCAACCCUACAGUUACUCGCUCCCUCCUUUACAGCGUUCUGCGGGACGCCCCGGCCGACCGGGGGGGGGCCGCCCAGCAGAGUCGGGACGCUCAGCUCUCAGAGUACCCCUCUCUGGACUAUCAGGGGCUUUAUGCCACCCUCGUCACCUUGCUUGACCUGGUGCCCCUGCUGCAGCACGGUCAGCACGAUCUGGGGCAGGCAAUAUUUUACACGACAACUUGCCUUCUACCCUUUCUCAGCGAUGAUAUUCUCAGCACUUUGCCCUAUACUAUGAUCUCUACCUUAGCCACCUUUCCUCCCUUCCUGCACAAAGACAUCAUAGAAUACCUGAGCACAUCCUUCUUGCCUAUGGCCAUAUUGGGUUCAACUCGGAGAGAAGGAGGGGUCCCUGCGUAUGUCAAUCUGUCUGCUUCCUCUAUGCUAAUGAUUGCUAUGCAGUAUACCUCAAACCCAGUGUACCACUGUCAGCUUCUGGAGUGCUUGAUGAAGUAUAAGCAGGAAGUGUGGAAGGACCUUCUGUAUGUAAUAUCUUAUGGACCAUCCCAAGUAAAGCCUCCUGCUGUUCAAAUGCUUUUCCAUUACUGGCCUAAUCUCAAGCCUCCAGGUGCAAUUAGUGAGUACAGGGGCCUCCAGUACACAGCCUGGAACCCCAUUCACUGCCAACAUAUUGAGUGUCAGAAUUCCAUUAAUAAGCCUGCAGUAAAGAUGUGCAUUGACCCGACUCUUUCGGUUGCUCUGGGAGACAAACCUCCUCCUCUGUAUAUCUGUGAAGAAUGCAGUCAGAGGAUUGCAGGAGACCAUGCAGAGUGGCUGGUUGAUGUGCUCUUACCUCAAGCUGAAAUAUCUGCUAUAUGUCAGAAGAAGAACUGCAGCUCUCAUGUGAGACGGGCUGUUGUCACCUGCUUCUCGGCCGGCUGCUGUGGUCGGCAUGGCAACCGGCCUGUGCGCUACUGCAAGCGUUGCCAUGUCAACCAUCACAGCAGUGAGGUGGGUGCUUCAGCAGAGACUCAUCUGUACCAGACAUCUCCCCCUCCCAUCAACACGCGUGAGUGCGGAGCCGAGGAGCUCGUCUGUACUGUGGAGUCUGUCAUCAGCCUGCUGAAAGAGGCAGAGAUCCAUGCAGAACAGCGGGAGUUUGAGAUGAACCGUCGGCGUCAGAUGGGCCUCUCCACCUCCCACCAUUCUCUGGACAACCUGGAAUUUGACAACAAAGAAGAUGACCAGCAUGAUCAGAGGCUGCUCAGUCAGUUUGGCAUCUGGCUCUUGGUGAGCCUGUGUACCCCCAGUGAGAACACACCCACAGAGAGCAUUGCCCGUCUGGUUAGCAUGGUCUUCCAGUGGUUCCACUCCACUGCCUACAUGAUGGACGAUGAAGUGGGCAGUCUAGUGGAGAAGCUCAAGCCACAGUUUGUAACAAAGUGGCUUAAGACUGUCUGUGAUGUGCGUUUCGAUGUCAUGGUUAUGUGCCUAUUGCCCAAGCCAGUGGAGUUUGCCAGGGUGGGCGGCUACUGGGAUAAAUCAUGCAGUAUGGUUUCACAGCUGAAGGAGGGCUUGAACCGUAUCCUGUGCUUAAUCCCCUAUAACGUGAUCAGCCAGCCACUUUGGGAAUGUUUUAUGCCUGAAUGGCUGGAGGCCAUACGAACUGAAGUGCCUGACAACCAACUGAAGGAGUUCCGUGAAGUCCUUAGCAAGAUGUUUGAUAUAGAAUUAUGUCCACUGCCGUUCUCCAUGGAGGAGAUGUUCGGUUUCAUAAGUUGCAGAUUUACUGGAUAUCCUGCAUCUGUACAAGAACAAGCCUUACUAUGGCUACAUGUGCUAUCCGAGCUGGACAUUGUUGUGCCCCUGCACCUCUUGAUUGGAAUGUUCUCAGAUGGUGUGAACUCUGUAAAGGAGCUAGCCAAUCAAAGGAAGACUCGCGGCACAGAUCUGACAGGAAAUACUGGGGCCAGAAGGGUGAGUGUGGUGUCAGACCCUGGUAGAAGGGGGCAUAACAACACCCUAAGUCCUUUUCCCAGUCCGUUCCGAAGCCCAUUCCGUAGCCCCUUGCGCUGCAGUCCCUUUAAGAACCUGGGCCAUGCCACCGGUAACUGUGCUCUAGACUUGGACUGUGAUGAUGAUGAUAUGAACCUGGGCUGCUUCAUCCUCAUGUUUGACCUCAUUCUCAAACAGAUGGAGCUUCAGGAUGAUGGAGUGACUCUGGGAUUGGAAGGUAGCCUGGGAAGAGACAUUGUAGGGAUCAUUAACAGUGUGUUCCAGGCUCCCUGGGGUGGCUUACACACCUGCCAGAAGGACGAGAAGGCUAUGGAGUGCAGCCUGUGCCAGUCCAGCAUCCUCUGCUACCAACUGGGCUGUGAGCUCCUCCAGAGACUCACACCUCCUGAGGAGAUACGCCUGGAGAGUACAGACAGUCUUGAGGAAAGUCUGGUCUUUCCCACAUCUGAACCUUGCCUUAAGCCAGAGAAUGGCACAGAAGAAGGGACCAACCAGGACAACCCUGACAACCAGAGCGAUUCUGCUGAUAAUCAACCUUUAAAGAAUAACACUGAAAGGAAAUUCUCAUAUCAGCAGCUUCCAGCUUCUCUCAGGCUUAUUUAUACCAUACUUCAGGAGAUGGCUAAGUCUGAGGAGCCAGACAUCCUCUACAACAUGUUGAACUGUGUAAGGAUCCUGUGUCUGCAUGGGGAGUGUCUGUAUCUCGCCCGCAAAGACCACCCUCAGUUUCUGUCCUACAUCCAAGAGAAGAUGCUUAUUCCCAGCCUGUGGUCCAUGCUGAAGUCUGAGUUCUGCCAGCUGGCCUCUCUAGCAGUGCCUCAGCUGCUCCAUGCUCUCUCGCUGUCCCUUGGUGCUGAUAUUUUCUGGAAAUUGGUGGACAACAGUUUCAACAACAAGGACUGGAAGAUUCGCUUUGAAGCAGUGGAGCGAGUGGCAGUGCUGUGUCGCUUUCUGGACAUUGGCUCGGUAACUAAGAGCCACCUGCUGAAGUACUCACUGGCUCAUGCUUUCUGCUGCUUUCUGGCCAGUAUUGAGGAUGUGAACCCUGCUGUGGCCACCAGAGCCAGGCUACUGCUAGACACCAUUAAACGGCCAUCACUGCAGGCCCUGUGUCUGUGCUUGGACUUCCAGUUUGACACGGUUUUGAGAGACCGUCCCAUAAUCCUGAGCAAACUGCUUUUGCUACACUCUCUAAAGCAGGAUAUCCCUGCACUGAGCUGGGAAUUCUUUGUAAAUCGUUUUGAAACACUGUCCCUUGAGGCUCAGCUACACCUAGACUGCAACAAGGAAUUUCCUUUCCCUACCACCAUCACUGCAGUGCGGACUAAUACAGCCAAUCUAAGCGAUGCAGCUAUGUGGAAGAUCAGACGUGCUCGUUUUGCACGGAAUCAACAGAAGAGUGUCCGCUCGCUCAGAGACAGCGUAAAGGGGACAUCCAACUCUAAACGUGCCUUUUCCCUGCCUGAGACGUUUUGUUCCAAGCUGUCUCUAAGGCUUACAAGGCAAGAGCACUCUGCACCCACACUUGGUGAUAUGCUUGAGAAAGUCUUGCCAGGUCAAAGCUCUCCUCCUGAGAAUGACUCAGUCAUCAAGGACCUCCUCCCAGAGGACACUGGCAUAGACCACCAGACUGUUCACCAGCUUAUCAUGGUGCUGAUGAAGUUCAUGGCAAAGGAUAAGAGCAGUGCAGAGACUGAUAUUGGCAGUGCCAAAGCCUUUAAUACGGUCAAGAGGCACCUGUAUGUGCUGCUAGGCUAUGAUCAGCAGAUUGGGUGUUUUAUGAUCGCACCACAGAAGAUGCGUUCCUCCACCUGCUUCAAUGCAUUUAUUGCGGGUAUUGCACAGGUGAUGGAUUACAACAUCAGUUUGGGGAAGCAGAUGCUGCCCCUUGUGGUCCAGGUGCUGAAGUACUGCACAUGCCCUCAGCUUAGACCCAACUUCCAGGAGGCACCACGCUGCUCACUUUGGGCUCUGAGGCCACACAUCAGGCAGAUGUGGCUCAAAGCCUUACUUGUAAUUCUCUACAAGUACCCAUACAGAGACAUGGAUGUAAGUAAAGAGGUUGUGCUGCACCUGAUCCACAUCACCAUCAACACCCUAAAUGCACAGUACCACAGCUGUAGACCUCAUGCCUCAGCCGGCCCACUCUACAGUGACACCUCUAACAUUAGCCGCUAUAGCGAGAAAGAAAAAGAGGAGGAUAGUGUGUUUGAUGAAUCAGACAUCCAUGACACUCCCACUGGUGCAGGCAACAAGGAAUCACAGACCUUCUUUGCUCGGCUGAAGAGGAUUGGAGGCAGCAAGACCGUUAAGUAUCAGCCUGUGGACCUCAGUGCUCAAAGAAGUGAGAUUGAGUUGGCAGAGUACAGGGAGGCAGGAACCCUACAGGACAGUCUGCAGCACCCGGCACGAGAGGAGACCAGCAGCAAGAAGAAACGACUACAGGCCAUGCACAAACAGAAGUCUCUUGACAUUGUCAACACAGACUCCAUUCUCUUCAACCUUGAUGAACAUCGGCGUAAAUCCUGCAUUGACCGAUGUGACUUGCAAGGGCCUCCUCCUCCACCACCCUCAUGUUCUAGCUCAGUGACUAGACAGUCACGCAGGGCACGUGCCAAGGAAUCCUCCGAAGGAUCCAACCUCCAUUUUGAUAACAUCAAACCUGUUAUUCCAGAAGUGCGCCUGAGCUGUAUGGAGACUUUUGAGGAUAAAUCCGCAGGCCUCGACUCUCCCCUGGUCAUUUCAUCUGAGUCUGCUCAUGGCAAAGAAGAUGGUGACCUGAUUGAUCUCUCCUCAGACUGCACUUCUAUACCAGAGAAGCGCUCUAUUCUAUCACUAUCUGACAGUGACUCACUGGUCUUUGAACCCCUUCCACCACUGCGCAUCGUCGAAAGUGAUGAAGAUUUGUUUGAGGCACUUUCAAAACCUCCAACCGGAAUGCAGAUUAAAUCUGAGCAUCCAUCACCAUCAUCUGCCAGCACUAUCCUGCGUCUAUCUCCUCAUGUCCAAGUGAGUGUUGAGGACUGUUCGAAAGAAAGGACAAGCAAACCUACCAGUCCUGCCAAAGGGAGUCCUGUGCAGGCAUCUAAGAGUAGAAGUUCUUCUAUAACCCCUACUGCCUCGCUGGACCUCCCAGAUCCCAUACAUCAUCCUGGUUUAGAGAGUCCCAUGACUCUGAAGCAGAAAAGAGACCUGUUAAGAAAGUCGCCACAUGUUCCGGACACAUCUGUAGAUUAUGAAUAUCUGCAGUCUGAAGACAAAGCUGAAGGAAGCCCUUCAGGUAAAUCUGUGUACCUCAACAUUCCUGAGGAUACCCUGGAAAACCUGGACCCACUGAAAGCCAAGAAAGAGGAGGAAGGAGAAGCUCACAAUGAGGAUGAGAAUGACGCUGAAGAUGAUGAGGAUACUGGUGAUGAGAGAGAGAGCGAGCCAAAACCAGAAGAUGAAAGCGACGAGGCCGAGUUUAAGAUCCAGAUUGUACCCCGUCAGCGUAAACAGAGGAAGAUUGCAGUCAGUGCUAUUCAGAGGGAAUACCUGGACAUUUCCUUCAACACGAUGGACAAGAUGGGAGAGGAGACCACAGACUCUGAUCACAAGGUUCUGUCCAAACUGGAAAAGCCCCGAGAGUCAGCCUCAGCCCCAGCACUCGAAGCCACAAUCCCAGAAACAAGCAACCGCUCCUCAGUAACAACUCAGUACCGUCAGGUGAAGCGAGGCUCUCUGGGAGCUGUGACAAUGAGUCAGCUGAUGAAGAGACAGCUGGAACAUCAGUCCAGUGCGCCACACAAUAUCAGCACUUGGGAAACAGGUUCUUACCCGCACUGUAGGAAAAAAAAAACAUUUCAAAAGAAUUGUUCACAUUCAGCACACAACACUUUCCUAAUGAUGAACUUUCAUAAAUUUGUGCCAUCAGGUCUCACUAAGACAAGCCUGCUGUCAGCUCCUAGCACAGUCAGCAUGUUUGUGCCUGCACCAGAGGACUUCAGUGAUGAGCAACCAACCAAUAUGGCUGACAGGUGUCGAGACUGUGGUGAUGUAUUAGAAGAGUAUGAUGAAGAAACCCUGGCUUUGGCUGUAGUCGUUCUCUCAAUGUUUACCCAUCUGAGUCCAGACCUGGCCGCUCCACUGCUUCUCGACAUCAUGCAGUCAGUGGGCAGGUUGGCAUCGAGUGCCAGUUACUCAGGCCAGGCUGAAAGCAUGUUGAUCCCUGGUAAUGCUGCCGGUGUAGCUAAGCAGUUCCUGCGCUGUGUGCUCCAUCAGCUCGCCCCUAAUGGCAUCCUGCCACAGCUAUUCCAGAGCAACAUUAAAGAUGGAAGCUUCCUCCGCACUCUGGCCACAUCUCUCAUUGAUUUUAAUGAAUUGAGUUCUGUGGCAGCAUUAAGUCAGCUUCUUGAGGGUUUGAACAAUAAGAAGAGUUUGCCUGCAGGGGGCACAAUGCUCCACUGCUUGGACAACAUUGCCACCUUCAUGGAGGCUCUUCCUAUGGACUCCCCUAGUAACCUUUGGACAACCAUCUGUAACCAAUUCCAAACCUUUCUGACCAAACUUCCUGUUGUUGUGCCUCUAAAGUAUCCACUGGACUCCAGCUUGAGAAUCAUCAUCUGCUUACUGAAGAUUCCUACUACUAGUGCAACCAGGAGUUUGUUGGAGCCGUCCUCUAAACUGCUGAGCUUUGUUAUUCAGUAUGGUGUCUUCAGCCUCUCGUACCUUGUUGAACUCUGUGGCCUUUGCUACAAAACCUUCAGUAAGGAAAGGGAUAAGUUCUACAUGUCCCGUGUAGUAGUUCUGGAGUUGCUACAAGCACUGAAGUUCAAGUCUCCAAUUCCUGAUACUAAUCUACUACUACUGGUCCAGUUUGUAUGUGUUGACAUUGGAACACGUCUAUCUGAGUCUACCAUACUCCAAAAACACAUGAUAUCAUCGUUACCUGGGUGCACAACAGUUGCCAUGGAGUGUUUGAGGCAGUAUCUCAGUGAGCUCCUGGAUUUUAUUGCAGACAUGCACACUUUGACCAAAUUAAAGAGUCAUAUGAAAGCUUGCUGUCAGCCCCUUCAUGAGGAUACUUUUGGCGGGAAUCUAAAAGUGGGUUUGGCUCAGGUAGCUGCCAUGGAAAUCAGUAAAGGUAACCACCGUGAUAACAAGGCUGUGAUUCGUUACCUGCCAUGGCUCUACCAUCCACCCUCUGCUAUGCAACAGGGGCCCAAAGAGUUCAUUGAGUGUGUUUCCCACAUUCGCCAGCUUUCCUGGCUUCUCCUGGGCUCGCUUACCCAUUGUGCUUUGCAUCAGGGUUCCACGUCUUGUAUGCCCAUUCCAUUGGAUGCUGGCUCUCACAUUGCAGACCACCUUAUUGUAAUCCUCAUUGGUUUUCCAGAGCAAUCCAAGACGUCCGUGCUCCACAUGUGCUCCCUGUUCCAUGCCUUCAUGUUUGCUCAGUUGUGGACCAUCUACUGUGAGCAAGCAGCUGCAGCGCCAGCUGGGCAGAACCAAAACCAGAACGAGUUCUCCUCAAGUGCUAUUCUUACAGGCCUGGAGUUCUGGAGCCGAGUCACACCCAGCAUCCUCCAGCUCAUGGCCCACAACAAAGUGAUGGUAGAGAUGGUGUGUUUGCAUGUCAUUAGUCUGAUGGAAGCUUUACAAGAAUGUAAUUCAACCAUUUUUGUGAAAUUAAUUCCUAUGUGGCUGCCAAUGAUUCAGUCCAGUCUAAAUCAUUUAUCUGCGGGUCUCCAGCUGCGUCUCCAAGCCAUCCAGAACCGAGUGAAUAACCAGUGUCUCCAGGGUCCUGCUUCCAGCACUUUUCCCUUUGCUUUGCGCAAAUGGCUGCAGUGUACUCAGUUUAAAAUGGCUCAGGUUGAGAUCCAGUCGUCCGAGGCCGCCUCACAGUUCUACCCCAUGUGAUGUGCGGUCCUAUAGAAGCGUCUGAAAGACCAGCAGCAAUCUGUGCUAACCAGCAUACUUUAUUUUUUUUCUUUAAAACCAAAUAUAGUAUUUUGCAGCAAUGCUUUUGUAUGAGCAGAAAUAUUCUACAUUCUGUGGAUUUUGGCAACAGCAACUCUACAGGAGCGAAACUAAAAAAAAUGUGACUGUAAAUACCUUCAUCAGGCUCUUUCUGUCUGCAUGUAAUUAACAUGAUCAUGCAUAAAGGGCGUGACACUGAAUUAUAAGGUGCCAGGACAGCAGUACAUGUGAGUUUUCCUACUGUGUGCAUGUAUGUAUACGUGUGUAUGUGUGUGCGUGCACAUGUGUGCGUGCAUUUCAGUGAGACUGUUUAAACGGGGUGAAAGUCACACUGUAGAGUACACACCUGUAGUACGAAUCAUCAGAAUAUGUAAGAAAGGUACUCGUGAGAAUGGUGAUCGAUGUA